UACACAAUACUGCAAUCAAUACACAUAAUUUGUAUCAUGUUUGUCUUAGGUUAUGACCAAAUAGCCCUAUUUCCUAGUUAUACAAUAUCUAAUAAAAUAAUGGCUGAUCCACCAAUAAAACCUUGGGAGAUAAACCGGACUCAAAGUGCUGGUAAUAUUGGACCAUUGCAUUCUAUCUCAAGUCCACCUGUUGUAGAUGCUUCAUUGACAGCAACAGAUCAGGCGAGAAAAAGGACGCCGCCUCCUGUUCCCAAUAGACCAUCCCAGCGUACUAUGACUCCAAUGGGUUAUCAGCCUUCAUAUGGAGGAUAUGGUUCCUAUGGCUAUGGUACUGGAUAUGGAGGGAUGUAUGGUGGUGGAAUGGGGAGUGGAAUGUAUGGGGGUUAUGGUGGUGGGGGUAUGUACGGUUCCUACAAUAGAUCAUAUGGUGCACCGGGAGGAUUUGCUAGACAAGCAGAAGAAAGCACUAGAAAUGCAUUUCAAUCUGUUGAAAGCAUUGUGAGAGCAUUCACAUCAGUUUCUGCUAUGUUAGAAUCUACACUUGGGGCUGUUUACAGCUCAUUCCGAGCUGUGCUUGAUGUAGCAGAUCAAUUUUCGAGGGUGAGGGCAACAUUUGCUGAUAUUCUUUCUUCAAUCGCAGUCUUCCGAUUGAUAAGAUUUUUAUAUCGCCGAGCUUUGGCAUUUUUAAACUUGGGAGGAUCAUGUGAAGAGGCAUGGGAUACUGUCAAAACAGACUCUGACGUUAUACCACAGAAGAAGAAAUCAAGAUCGUGGCCCAUACUUCUUUUCAUGUCUGUUGUUAUAGGAGGCCCUUACUUGAUUUGGAAAUUAUUGAGUGGAACAGGCAAUGUACAAAAGCCUCAGACACCAUGGGCAAGCGGAUUAUCAGAUCAUGUUGUUGCUAGAGUAGAAUAUGAUUUUGAAGCUGAUAAUGAUGAUGAACUAACUGUGAAAGUUGGCGACCUGUUAAACCUUGCACCAAAAGACCAACAACCGCAUAUACAGAACUGGCUUAUGGCAUCUUUAGAUGGUACAAAUGUAGGGAUGGUACCAGCAACUUAUGUUAAGGUAUUAGGCCGUCGAAAAGGAAGACAACCAGAAUCAGCUGAGAAUGGCCAACCUGAAGCUUCGGCACCACCUACAUGACAAACUAGCUCGUAAUCUCUCAAUCUUUGUAAUAUGCAAAUCACCCGUUUCAAUAAAAAUGCAAUUUAAUGUCAAUUUUUUUUUCAUUGUAUAAUUUCAUGUUAAAGUGUCUUCAUUACGAAGAUAUUCUCCAAUAUCUGCUUGAUGAAAAGCAAUGAUUGACAUAGGAUCCGCAUGCCUGCAUUCGGCUGUCGAUUUUGCUGCUACACCAAAUCCCUAUAAAAGAAAGGCGAUUAUGUGAAAAAUCUUUAAACAAUUAGUUCAUGUGAUAUCCCAACAAAAAUUGUCAAUUUAGAUGUUUUUUGAAUAGCCUGCAAUAAAAAAUACAAAAUGGAUACAAAUUCAGGAAAGCAAGAGACAAGUCUUUUUUUAUUACACGAUAUACCUUUACUACUUACCAAAGGUAUAUCAUUCAUUGAAUAUAACACUAUGCCUUGAUAUUUAGGAGUUCCUUCAGUAAUUCUUCCUAAUCCUGAUUUUAAUAUGUGAUUUCCAUAUAAAAAUGAUUGUUCUGCACCUGGUUUCACCCAAACUUUGAACUGAAAAAGUAAUUGACAUUAUUUGAUAUUCUCAAACAAUUGAUGGUUAUUAUUGCAUUUGCACUUGUGUCAAUUCUAAUUAUGCGGCAUGUAUGUAUUGGAAUAUGGACUAUUAAUCAACUACAAUAUUAUUUUACAUUUCUUUUUAUGUUCAACUUCAAUUAUUUUGCAAUGUAUGACUGUUGUGUAAAUAUUCUUCAAAUAAUAAGAACAGGCUUCAUUAUUCACAAUACAGAUGAAGUAAUAA